AUGUCCUUUCCAAAGACGGUCCAGCUAUACCCUGACGUGGCACCAGUGCCCGGCACACAACUUGCUGAAAGUGGAGCCAACUCAACCCUCUUCUCUCCCCUUCAAGUCCGAGGUCUUACACUCCAAAACCGCAUCGCCGUCUCCCCCAUGGGAAUGUUCAGUGCCAAUGAUGGACAUCUAACUGACUUCCAUCUUGUACACUACGGCUCCUUUGCAACCAAAGGUGCAGCUCUCGUCAUUGUUGAAGCUACAGCUGUAGCUUCCAAUGCUCGCGUCUCAACCAGAGAUUCAGGUCUUUGGAGGGAUAGCCAGAUUGCACCUUUGAAGCGCGUAGUCGACUACAUUCAUGUCCAAGGACAGAAGGCUGGUAUUCAGCUCUGCCAUUCUGGUCCCAAGGGUUCCAUGCUCCCACCGUGGCUUGCUAACGGCGAUCCCAUGGUACACUUCCCACUUGCGAAUAAGGAAGCUGGUGGAUGGCCGAAUGACGUCAGGGCGCCGAGUACGAUUUGCCAUGGCCCUGGAUAUCCUGUGCCGAAAGAGAUGGGACAGGAACAAAUUGAUCUUGCUGUUGAUCAGUUUGCUGGUGCUGCUAGAAGAGCUGCUGAGGCCGGCGUCGAAGACUUUAUCGAGCUCCAUGGCGCCCACGGGUACUUGAUCAACGCCUUCCUGUCACCUCUCACGAACCAUCGAACGGACGAAUAUGGCGUUUCUUUCGAGAACAGAACGCGCUUCUUGUUUCGUGUCCUGAAAGCCGUGCGGGAUGCCAUACCAGACACUGUUGUUCUCUCACUGCGCAUCUCAGCUGUUGAGUGGAUGGAGUGGAGCGGAAAAGACUGUUGGACCCUUGAGGAUUCCAUCAAGCUUGCUAAACUACUUCCCCAGGCGGGCGUUGACAUUCUGGAUAUCUCAUCUGGUGGUAACCAUAGGGACCAAAAGAUCGACAUUCAUACCUACUAUCAGAUCGAUCUUGCUUACCAGAUCCGACAAGCCAUCCAAACUGAUGGUAUCAAACUGCUGAUUGCAGCCGUGGGGUUCAUCGAUAAACCUGACAUGGCUGAGAGUGUUGUUCGUGGGAAUGGUGAUUUUGGGGCAUUACAGAAGACGAAUGGGAUAAAUGGAGACGCUGAGAGGGGGAAGUAUGAGGAACCUCAGGCGGACUUAGUCAUGGUUGGGAGGCAGUUUUUACGAGACUCAGGCUUUGUACUUACAGCUGCCAAGAGUUUGGGCGUGAAAGUCCAGUGGCCCCUGCAGUACUCCAAGGCUAAGUAA